CAAUUACUGCACCCACUAGUGGCACAAAUGAUAACUACUAUAUAUAAACACACAUUUAUGAAAACUGAAUACAAAUAAUUUUAGUUUGUUUAUAUAUAACAGAAAUUCUAAAGUUCUAAAAAUGGUAAAACAUUUUCUGUUGGCAAUAAAGAUAAUUUUAGUAACAUUUAUUGCUAGAAGUUCUGCGUUAUGGUGUUACCAAUGUGUUUCUACCCAACCGGGUUGUGGAAACCCUUUUAAUUGGCUGUUUCAUUGGACAAAGGUUUGUCCUGAAGAUGAUGAUGUUUGUGUAAAAAUUCUUGAACAAAAAAAUGGUGAAACUAUUAUUACAAGAGACUGUUUAAGUUCUUUACAAGGACUUCGUACUGAUAUUCCAGCAGAUCAUUAUGAGGGUUGUCGCCCUGCUGCCGUGGAUGUAAAACUUGCAAAUUAUGUUAAUAAUUCAGUAAAAGAAUUGGAUAUUUACAGAAACUACUAUGACAAUACAACCUGGUGUUUCUGUUUCUUGGACCAUAGAUGUAACAGUGGCAUUUCAAUGGAAUAUUCAAUAACAUAUAUAGUGACAUGUACAAUAGUAAUAUUUCAUCAACUUUUAUGAGGUUGAUUGUUGUUAUUUGUUAUAGAAAUUAGUUAAUUUUUUUAAUCAUAACAAAAAAUGAAGAACUAUAAAUAUUGACAGUUUGUUACGAAUUACUGUAUUCAUUCCCACCUUGAACAAUUGUAGAAUUUUAUAUAUAUUGUUGGAUUCUAUACAUCCCAUUUUUACUUAUAUCUCUUUUUCAAAGUCAGCUUUAGCCCAUAUAUCAUACUGUAUCAAGUAAUUGUUUCACAUUUUUUUUAGUUUGUCAAAUUUGAAAACUGACCACAAUAAUUCAACUGAUAAUAUUUGAAUAUGGCGAUGAAAAUCAAACUGUACCUAACAGUUUUUUUGAUACUUCCAAUAAAUCUAAAUACUGAAUGUAAAUGUAACAGAUUCCAACAACUGAGAAAGUUUUAAUGAAUAAUUUUUUUAUUUUUUCUUAAUAUUCCAAUUAUUAAGUAAUUUUUAUUAAUGAAUAAAUAUUACUUUAUAAUUUGUUGAUCAAGAAUCUCUUAAAAAAUCUACUUUUUAAAUUGUUGUAUUUAAUAAUCCGUCCAUUUUAUAUUUUUAUACUAUAUUUAUAUAAAUAAAUCAUUAGAUUUAUUUAGAGAACUUAUACCUAAUUAUAAGAAUAAUAUUUGAAUAUAGCGAUGAAAAUCAAACUGUACCUCACUGGUUUUUUUAUACUUCCAACAAAUCUAAAUACUGAAUGUAAAUGUAACACCGAUAUAGAUUUCUAUGAAAUUCCAACAACUGAGAAAGUUUUAAUGAAUAAUUUUUUUAUUUUUUCCAAAUAUUCCAAUUAUUAAGUAAUUUUUAUUAAUGAAUAAAUAUUACUUUAUGAUUUGUUGAUCAAGAAUCUCUUAAAAGAAUAUGCUUUUUAAAUUGUUGUAUUUAAUAAUCCGUCCAUUUUAUAUUUUAAUACUAUUUUUAUAUAGAUAAAUCAUUAGAUUUAUUUAGAGAACUUGUACCUAAUUAUAAGAAUAAAUAACACCAUUUUUAUGUAAUAUCAGACUUUCAUAUUUUAUUUAAAUAAAAUAAAUUGUAUAUAUAUAAA